CUCGCCGCCUGACUCGCCCGCCCGAAUGCCCUGCGCCGCGCACCAGACGCACCGGCUCGCCCCACCGCCCUGACCACACCCGCCCCCGGGGGCCCGUCCGCGCGCGCACCAGACGUACCGUCCCGGCUAGCCCCAACGCCCUAACCGCACCACCCCCCCCCCCUCCUGGCCAUGGGCGACGUCGAGUCGCUCGCGCAGCUGCUGCGGCACCCCGAGGACCUCGACAAGAUCCCCGCGCUCAAGGCCGAGUUCACGCGCAAGAAGGCGGCCGUCGACGGGCAGCUGCGCCAUGGCCUGCGCGAGCAGCUCGAGCUGACGCAGGCCGGCAUGAACAGCAUCACCGACGGCCAGCGCACCGUCAGCCUGAUCAAGGAGGAGAUGAUGAAGAUCGACAAGCUGUGCGCCGAGGCCCAGAACAUGAUCCAGGACUUCCCGCACAUCAACGUCGUCGCCCAGACCCACAAGAACUUCGAGAGCGUCGAGAAGAUGCGCCGCGACAUCCAGACCUUCGACCAGCGCCUGGCCCAGCUCGAGUUCCUGCUCGACCAGGACGACGAGGCCCCGACCGAGCAGCCGAACCUGCUGCCCAUUCACUUUGGCCUGACCCAGCUGCGCGACAUCCGCGACGUCGCCAUGGACCAGAUCAAGACCACCGCCGACGGCUCCACCGAGCUCAUCGACAACCUCGCCCUCGACAGCGGCGCCACCGUCCAGGACCUCUUCGCCCGCCUCGACGACGUCAUCGAGCGCUUCGACCAGCACAUCGGCGAGGCCUGCAUCAACCUGAUCGAGCUGGUGCAGACGGGCAACGACGGCAUGGUCGUGCGCCUUGCCGUCAUCGUCGAAGAGGAGGAGAAGACCGACGCCAAGGUCAAGGCCCUGCAGGACGCCCAGCGCGAGUACAAGGACCUCGCCUCGCGCUUCAAGUCCAUCACCGCCGGGCCCAAGGAGCUUCGCGGCUACAAGGACAAGUUCACCAAGGCCAUCGAGUACGUCUGCGAAGCCAACAUGGCCGAGGUGCGCGAGAAGUUCGACGAGGACCCCGAAAAGGUCGACAAGUACUUCAAGUGGUACUUCAACAACCUCAAUACCGUAAAGCUGGGCAUGGUCAAUCUGAUGCCUAAAAAGUGGAAGAUCAUGCAGACGUACACAAACAUCUACCACUCCCACAUGCACAACUUUCUCAUGAGCCUUGCUGAUGACGAAGCCAUUGGACCACAGUACCUGCUCGCCGUCAUCAACUGGGUUGACCGCUACUACGCCAAAAUGAACAAGCUCGGCUUUCCCGAAGAAGUCCUUGAGCCCCACGUCAUCGACAACCGCGGUCCAGAGCUGAUCCGUACAUACCGACAGGUCAUCAUCAACGCCGUUGACCAAUUCAUGGACCGCAUCAACUCGGGUGAUAGGAAGAGCUUUCUUGAUCAGGAUCGCAACGCGUACGAGGCCAACCCCGACGGCAUCUUCCAAACCCGCUCACUGGGCGAUGUCUGGACAAUGUUGUCGCAGAAUCUCUCUGUAGCUGCGAGCAGUGAACGCACCGACGUCGCCGAAGGGACUGUCGACGCCAUGAUCCGGGCGCUUACUACGCGUCAGCGCAUCUGGACCCAGCUCAUCGACGACGAAAAGGACAAAUACAUGGGCCCGAAUCCCGCACAGGAUGGCGACGGCGUAGCAGUCUUCCAAGAAUGGUUGAUCGCCAUUGCAAACGACCAAAUCAUCUGCAUUGACGAUGCCGACGAAGCCGUUGGCCGACCCAGCUUCGUGACCAUCUUCGAGAGAGAGGCCACACCCCUGCUAUCCGCUCAGUACGCGACUGAUCGCUUGGCUCCACAGCUUGACGAGCUAAGGAAUGGCUACAUUGAUAUCAGUAGCCACUGCAUUCAGGUCUUUUGUCAGCUCAUCUUUCUCACCGACUUUCGGCCCAUCCUCAGCAAAUUUUUCACGCAAGAGUGGUACCAAAGAACAGACAUGGCGUCCAUCAUCAUCACGUUCCGUGACUACCUCGCUGACUACGAGGAACAAGUUCACCGUUCGUUGCGAGACUUACUUAUCGACUCUUUGGCAGACGAGCUGCUUGUACAGUAUCUCGGCGCAGUACGAAACAAAGGCGUCAAGUUUAGAAGAAGCGAUGCUUUCGCAGCAAAACUCCGCGAUGAUCUUGUAGCAGCAUUUGAGUUUUUCCGAACAUACGGCGAGCAGGGUCGCGAGAUCACCCAGAGAUGGCGCGCUGUUGACUUCUUUUUGAGGCUCUUGGAGACCGACAAGUCGCAAGUCCCUUUCGUCUAUGAAGAAUUCAAGGCUACUUAUAGGGAGGUACACAUUAGUUGGGUCGAAGCUGUACUCAGAAGUCGCGAUGAUUUCGAUCGUGCCAUGUUGAAUGCGGUGAAGACUAAGGCUGCAGAGGUCACGGAGGAUUUGGAUGCGCCGGCGGAUCCUAUCAUGGGCAGGGUGAAGUAGCCGUUGUAGCCAUGGAGUAAAUUAAUGCAUGGAAUAGCAUCAUACCGUGAUGGUGUUGGUGAAGGCCUGGCUAAGAAUGCGUUGUUUUGGGAUCGCCCAUGAUGUGCACUUGCUCGGGAGCGCGGUACAGUAGCUGCUUUACCAAGCGAGUACGACAAUUCUCCCCGCAUCCGU